GCAACAGCAAUGUCCUGACACUCGAAUAGAUGCACAAUUAUUCCCCCUCACAUCUUUUUAACACUUAGCAGCUUCACAUUCAACUCGCACUUUUAACUCUUUUUUAAAAAAAAUCUAAACUCUGAGCAUGACUGAGGGGACGCCAGUACAAAGCGAGACGGCGGACGAGGACACGGUGGCCGCCGAGGUCCUGGUGGAGGAGAAGCAGAAGAACGGAGACAGCCGAGUGACGGUGCCCGAACACAGCGCGACUCCCGGGCCGGCGGAGGAGGAGGAGGUCGGCUUCGUGCACCCGGAGGGCGGCUGGGGGUGGCUGGUCAUGCUGGCCGCCAUGUGGUGCAAUGGCGCGGUGUUCGGGAUCCAGAACGCCUUCGGCAUUCUCUUCCUCUCGCUCCUUCGGGAGUUCGGCUCCGAGGAUGAUGACGACCUCCGCUUCAAGACAGCCUGGGUGGGCUCUCUCUCCAUGGGCAUGAUCUUCUUCUGCUCGCCCAUCGUCAGCGUCUUCACCGACAUCCUAGGAUGCAGAAUCACCGCUGUGGGUGGAGCUGCUGUCGGCCUGGUCGGCCUCCUGGCCAGUUCUUUUGUCACGUCUCUGGGCCCCAUGUACUUCACCUAUGGCAUCGUCUUCUCCUGCGGCUGCUCCUUCGCCUACCAGCCCAGUCUGGUGAUCCUGGGCCACUACUUCAAGAAGCGCCUGGGUCUGGUGAACGGCAUCGUGACGGCCGGCAGCAGCAUCUUCACCAUCACGCUGCCCUUUGCGCUGUCCAUCCUGCUGGGCCGGGUGGGCCUGCAGAACACCAUGCGGGUCCUCUGCAUCCUCAUGUUCGUGCUCAUGCUGGCCGGCUUCACCUACAGACCUCUGCUGCCCGCCAAGACCAGGACCACUCGGGGCUUUUGUCCACCCAUGAGCCAGAUCUUCAAUAUCAACAUCUGGAAGUCUGUGGGAUAUCGCAUCUGGGCUUUUGGCAUCCCUGCUGCUCUUUAUGGCUACUUUGUGCCCUACGUUCAUCUGAUGAAACAUGUUGAGGAGCGUUUCGGAGAAGAUUCCAACAAAGAAGUCCUCCUCAUGUGCAUCGGCAUCACGUCCGGUGUGGGCCGGCUCAUCUUUGGCAGGGCAGCAGACUACAUCCAAGGGGUCAACAAGGUCUACCUGCAGGUGACGUCCUUCUUGGUCAUCGGUCUGAUGUCUAUGAUGAUCCCGCUGUGUCACGUGUUUGGAGGUCUGAUUGCCGUGUGUCUGCUGAUGGGCAUGUUUGAUGGCUGCUUCAUCUGCAUCAUGGCUCCCAUCGCCUUCGAGCUGGUUGGCCCCGCUGACGUCUCCCAGGCCAUCGGCUUCCUGCUGGGCCUCAUGUCUGUGCCCAUGACUGUGGGACCACCCAUUGCAGGCUUUCUACGGGACCGCCUGGGGAACUACGACCUGGCCUUCUACCUGGCAGGUAUCCCCCCGAUCAUCGGCGGAGCCAUGCUGUGCGUCAUUCCCUGGGUGGAGGCCAGGAACAAGAGGAGGCAGAAGGAGGACGCCCUGAAGAGCGAGCAGGACGUCACCCAUAAAAUGUUGGACCAGGACAAAGCUCAGGAAGACGCGCCGGUCAAAGCCGGAGAGUCGGUCCUCUAAUGAAGGACGUGACUCAGACAUUACGCGUCACGCCAUCACAGAUCACUAGCCGUGCCUUUCAGUAUCACGAGGAGAGCAGCUUUAAUUUACCAGGAAUGAUCACCAGGACACUCUCCUGGAAGAUGGACGACACUAAAGGGAAAGAAGUCCACACUAGCACCUGCUAGGAACAUCCACGCAUUUCAUGUUAGGCCGUGUCUCAACUCUCAUACUUCCCUUCUGAGUGCACACUUCUCUACUUACACUUACCCGCUCCACUACGACUCAAAUAGCACGUGCUAAAUAGGGCGGGCAAACUUUAAAACUGCGUGUACUACUCGUGGGCGCGUGAUCUACUAAGACUGCGCGUGCAACUGAUAACAAGCGGCACCCACAUGUGCCCAUGGAAACACUCAUUUACUGCACAGCCUGGUUUUCAUUCUCCAACCAGUGAGCGAUGUUGAACUAUUAUAGCUCACGUCUAUAAUUUGUGCCACCUUUCUGCUAUUCCCAAUUCUCCAGACGUUUUCCUGACGAUACGUGAAUCUGAAUAUUUUUUUUGUGUACCGGGCCCUCCAAAAUAUCGAAUCUUUCACCAGAACUCACACACUUUCACAACUUGGUGAGUUUUCAGGCUGUCAAGGGCCUCAAAAAGAUGCGAUGGGAGUGGGAGAAUAAUAAUGCGAGCAGUGUUCAACGGGGCCGAGGGGGUUCACGCCAGUUUGCCAGCACGCAUUACGCCGGUGAUCACGUCCGCCACGAUGCCACAUGACCACCACCGAAUAUUUCAGGAAGAUCAGAGCGUGCAUCAGUUAAUUAUCCAUCUCCCAUCUACUAAAGUGCAGAAAUGACCGUUAGAUUGGCGAUGGCAGUUUUUGCCAAAAAGCUCCGCCCACUACGAGUACGCAGGAGCAGGUGCAUCGCCAAUAUGUGUAGUAUCUGUCCUUUUAAUCACCACUCGUUUGGUCAAAGUUCGUAAAAGUACGACCAGAUUUUUUCGCCAAAAAAUGGCCAACAACCAUCGAACAAAGUUUGGCGCCAAGCCACGCCCACAAUUUAUGGCGUAGUGCAAAAUUUGUUUGCAAUUUAUAAUCGCCAAUAUAUGUAGUGUCUGUCGUUUUAAUCACCACUCAUUUUGUCAAAGUCCCUAGCAGGAGUUCGUAAAAGUACGACACCUUUUUUUCGCCAAAAAAUGGCCAACAAUCUGAGAAAAGUUGUGCGCCAUGCCCCGCCCACAUUUUAUGGCGUCGGCAAAAUAUGUUCGCAAUUUAUAAUCGCCAAUAUGUGUAGUAUCUGUCAUUUUAAUCACCACUCAUUUGGUCAAAGUCCCUAGCAGUAGUUCGUAAAAGUACGUCCUCUUUAUUUUUCACCAAAAAAUGGCCAACAACCAUCGAGCAAAGUUUGACCCCAAGCCACACCCACAAUUUAUGGCGUAGUGCAAAAUUUGUUCCAAAUUUAUAAUCGCCAAUAUGUGUAGUAUCUGUAGUUUUAAUCACCACUCAUUUGGUCAAAGUCCCUAGCAGGAGUUCGUAAAAGUAUGACAACUUUUUUUUCGCCAAAAAAUGGCCAACAAUCAUCGGAGAAAAGUUGGGCGCCAAGCCCCGCCCACAUUUUAUGGCGUCUGCAAAAUAUGUUCGCAAUUUAUAAUCGCCAAUAUGUGUAGUAUCUGUAGUUUUAAUCACCAAUCAUUUGGUCAAAGUCCCUAGCAGGAGUUCGUAAAAGUACGUCCUCUUUUUUUUCACCAAAAAAUGGCCAACAACCAUCGAGCAAAGUUUGGCGCCAAGCCACGCCCACAAUUUAUGGCGUGGUGCAAAAUUUGUUUGCAAUUUAUAAUCUCCUAUAUAUGUAGUGUCUGUAGUUUUAAUCACCACUCCUUUGGUCAAAGUCCCUAGCAGGAGUUCGUAAAAGUACGACACGUUUUUUUUCGCCAAAAAAUUGGCAAACAAUCAUCGCACAGAAAUUUGGCGCCACGCCCACAUUUUAUGGCGUAUUGCAACAGUUUUUUACAAUUUACUAUCGCUUAUAUGUGUAGUAUCUGUUAUUUUAAUCACCACUCAUUUUUUUCGCCAAAAAAUGGCCAACAAUCAUCGGAGAAAAGUUGGGCGCCAUGCGCCGCCCAACUUUUAUGGCGUCGGCAAAAUAUGUUCGCAAUUUAUAAUCGCCAAUAUGUGUAGUAUCUGUAGUUUUAAUCACCACUCGUUUGGUCAAAGUCCCUAGCAGGAGUUCGUAAAAGUACGACCAGAUUUUUUCGCCAAAAAAUGGCCAACAACCAUCGAGCAAAGUUUGACCCCAAGCCACACCCACAAUUUAUGGCGUAGUGCAAAAUUUGUUCGCAAUUUAUAGUCGCCAAUAUGUGUAGUAUCUGUAGUUUUAAUCACCAAUCAUUUGGUCAAAGUCCCUAGCAGGAGUUCGUAAAAGUAUGACACCUUUUUUUCGCCAAAAAAUGGCCAACAAUCAUCGGACAAAAGUUUGCCGCCAUGCCACGCCCACAUUUUAUGGCGUCGGCAAAAUAUGUUCGCAAUUUAUAGUCGCCAAUUUGUGUAGUAUCUGUAGUUUUAAUCACCACUCAUUUGGUCAAAGUCCCUAGCAGGAGUUCGUAAAAGUAUGACAACUUUUUUUUUGCCAAAAACUGGCCAACAAUCAUCGGAGAAAAGUUGGGCGCCAUGCCCCGCCCACAUUUUAUGGCGUCGGCAAAAUAUGUUCGCAAUUUAUAAUCGCCAAUAUGUGUAGUAUCUGUAGUUUUAAUCACCAAUCAUUUGGUCAAAGUCCCUAUCAGGAGUUCGUAAAAGUACGACAACUUUUUUUUCGCCAAAAAAUGGCCAACAACCAUCGAGCAAAGUUUGGCCCCAAGCCACGCCCACAAUUUAUGGUGUAGUGCAAAAUUUGUUCGCAAUUUAUAGUCGCCAAUAUGUGUAGUAUCGGUAGUUUUAAUCACCAAUCAUUUGGUCAAAGUCCCUAGCAGGAGUUCGUAAAAGUACAACAACUUUUUUUUCGCCAAAAAAUGGCCAACAAUCAUCGGAGAAAAGUUUGGCGCUAAGCCCCGCCCACAAUUUAUGGCGUAGUGCAAAAUUUGUUCGCAAUUUAUAGUCGCCAAUAUGUGUAGUAUCAGUAGUUUUAAUCACCACUCAUUUGGUCAAAGUCCCUAGCAGGAGUUCGUAAAAGUACGACACCUUUUUUUCGCCAAAAAAUGGCCACCAAUCAUCGGAGAAAAGUUCGGCGCCAUGCCACGCCCACAUUUUAUGGCGUCUGCAAAAUAUGUUCGCAAUUUAUAAUCACCAAUAUGUGUAGUAUCGGUAGUUUUAAUCACCAAUCAUUUGGUCAAAGUCCCUAGCAGGAGUUCGUAAAAGUAUGACACCUUUUUUUUGCCAAGAAAUGGCCAACAACCAUCGAGCAAAGUUUGGCGCCAAGCCACGCCCACAAUUUAUGGCGUAGUGCAAAAUUUGUUCGCAAUUUAUAGUCGCCAAUAUGUGUAGUAUCUGUAGUUUUAAUCACCACUCAUUUGGUCAAAGUCCCUAGCAGGAGUUCGUAAAAGUACGACAACUUUUUUUUUACCAAAAAAAAUGGCCAACAAUCAUCGGAGAAAAGUUGGGCGCCAAGCCCCGCCCACAUUUUAUGGCGUCGGCAAAAUAUGUUCGCAAUUUAUAGUCGCCAAUAUGUGUAGUAUCUGUAGUUUUAAUCACCACUCAUUUGGUCAAAGUCCCUAGCAGGAGUUCGUAAAAGUAUGACACCUUUUUUCCCCCAAAAAAUGGCCAACAACCAUCGAGCAAAGUUUGGCCCCAAGCCACGCCCACAAUUUAUGGCGUAGUGCAAAAUUUGUUCGCAAUUUAUAGUCGCCAAUAUGUGUAGUAUCGGUAGUUUUAAUCCCCAAUCAUUUGGUCAAAGUCCCUAGGAGGAGUUCGUAAAAGUACAAACAAACAAACUUUUUUUCGCCAAAAAAAUGAAAAAACGAAAACCAAGAUGGCCGACUUCCUGUUCGUUUCCAGGUAUGGGUUCCUGUGACUUUUACGUGCGUCCCGUCAUGAGAGACGUCUCCUGACAUUUUCGUGUUGAUAUGUUGAAAUUUUUUUUUUAAAUCUGAUUUUAAAGGUGGCGCUAGAGAGCCGAUUUUCAAAUGUAAUUUCCGGCACCUCAAAAAUGUACAAUUGUUGGCCCCAGCUGAGGCGCCUGCAAAACACGGGCACUUUUGGUGCGUGUUAAUGGCCUCACAAAGGCUCUCAAAGUCAUGGAAGAAAACACACAACUAAGAAUUAGAAAGGGACUAAUUAUUGCGCAAUGUCAGCACUCGAGCACUUAAGUGUGCACUCGUGUCCAGAGGCAAGUAUUGGUGUUGAGACAUCGUCAUGAGCGGCCUUCAGGCCACAUCAAUCCACUCAAACGGGAGUUGACAACUUUUUGCUGUAGUAUUAGUGAUCUGAGGAGGUCAUGUGACUGAGGAGGUCAUGUGACUGAGGAGGUCAUGUGACAUGAAUUGCCUGCAGGAAGUAACAAGGUCAAAAAGGACCACUUGUAGGAGUCAUAAUGAAAAAAGGGAGGUGUGUUUAAUUGUGGACCAAAGUGAGGAAAAGGCUGUUUUUCAUGUUGUAUUUAUUUGUGCCGAGUCCGCAGUAAUUGUUUGCUUCCAACCAAAUGUGCUGACGUGGCAGGAAAUCCAAAUGUUUUCUUUUCUUCUCGCGCAGUAAUUCUUGUUUUGGUGCUUAGUGAUCAGGAGCCUGCCAGCGCGUUACCUCAAGGCGUGGAGAAGUCGCACGCGUCUCCGUCCGUUUUGGCCGAUCAGCUGACAAUCCUUUUUUUUUUAUUUUUAUGAGCGCCGCAAACCUGAGAGACGCAAGGUGGUCACGCCCGACUCUUCGCAGGAAGUGGCUCUGACCACGCAGCUUGUGCUUUGAAGAGCAUUUUAUGCUAACGAGGGAUCAACACACAAAAUGGAGUCUAAUUAAUUUGUUUUUCGUCUUAAAGUCCAAACUUUUUUUUUUUUAAGGAUGCAAGAGCCAUUUUUACAUGUUUUUAUUUUGCAUAAAAAGGCAACAACAAAAAAAUUCCCAAUAUACAUUUAAUGGGAACAACCGCCUCCAUGUCAGCUUUGUGUGAUUAGUAUUAAUUGCAACAGUAUGUACUUAUAUUUACAGGUCGCCUAUUGUUAUUGUAUUUUUACAAUAUUCUGCAGACCAAUUAUUAACGAGCUAGGGGCCUCACUUUGUAUCCUCAUUGCAUGGAUUCAUAGGGCCCCAUUCAUGGGGGGGUCCCGCUUGAGAGAUUUUAGCAAUGCAGUCUGCUGAAAAUGAUGGAAAGCGCCACUCGGGAUAGCAACUGAACGCUGUGGUGGAAGUUGGAAUUGCCGCAAAACACAUUUUUCGUGCCACCCGUGAAUUCGUCACGUUUCACGUGUCAGGUAAAUGGCGCCCGUGCAAAAAUGUUUUCUUUUCCGUCGGCAAAGAAAGGUGGGAAAGAAGUUCAUUUCCGGGGAAAAAGUUGGGAUUACUUUUAAGAUUUAAACAUCAUUUCUGGCGGAUGUCUUUUUUUUCUUUGAAGUCCGUCAAAGGCAAUUGUGUAAAUAAUGUGGACUGACUUAAGUUGUUCAUUCUUUGUGGACUAUUCAAAUCAUGGCCAUUUGUUUUGUUGUCAGCGUGGCCCUCAAGCACCUUUUUAGUCAUGUUUACAUCUUCCCAACACUUUGAUUCAGGUGAGUCCCGUCCCGUCCAUGACACUUCUUACUUCUUUCAAUACACUCAGGCCUCCAAAUCUUAUCAACUAUUGCUGAACGUUCAUUAUUUAGACUUCUUUUCCCCCUCCUCGUGAAUGUGAUGUUUGCCAAUCAUGAAGAGACAGCGUGAACAUGACAUUUCCUGUGUGGUAAUUACUCAUCAAGUGCCUUAUAAAAGUGCCUUAAUAUGUUUGUUUUUUUGUUGAAAAAGUGUCUUAAGAAAUAGUUGAACGCUGUCCUGCUCUGUUUGUUUGUUUCGCGUCUUUUAUUGUGUACCUUUGUAUCUGCUACUCGUUUUAGCGAGUUCAAACGCCCCAUUAUUGUCUUCAUGUCAGCAAUUUUGU